CAGCGGAAAAUAAUCGGGGACGCGCCGCUGAAAGAGCGCAUCCUGGAGGAACUCGGCGGGUUCCCCGUGACAAACCGGACCUGGACCCCGCCACCCUUUUCAAUCGAACGUCUGAUCGGGGUCCUCAAGAAGGACUACAACGAGGGCAUGUUGAUGGAGCAGUGGGUCGGGCCAGACGACAAGAACUCCUCACUCAACAUCAUUCACUCAAGCUCGGAAUUGGCAAGGUUUUGGCCAUCUGAAAUUUUACUUGCGCGGAAAAUAAUCGGAGACGCGCCGCUGAAAGAGCGCAUCCUGGAGGAACUCGGCGGGUUCCCCGUGACAAACCGAACCUGGACCCCGCCACCCUUUUCAAUCGAACGUCUGAUCGGGGUCCUCAAGAAGGACUACAACGAGGGCAUGUUGAUGGAGCAGUGGGUCGGGCCAGACGACAAGAACUCCUCACUCAACAUCAUUCAGCUGGACCAAAUGAAACUCGGCCUCCCGUCCCGCGAGUACUACUUGGGCAAGGGCAACGCCAAAUACCUGGAAGCGUACAGACAGUUUAUGACGGACGUCGCAGUGCUUCUCGGAGCUGAAGAAGAUUAUGCUCAGCAGGAAAUGAAACUAGUGCUUGACCUGGAAACCCUGUUGGCGAAUCUGGACCAAAUGAAACUCGGCCUCCCGUCCCGCGAGUACUACUUGGGCAAGGGCAACGCCAAAUACCUGGAAGCGUACAGACAGUUUAUGACGGACGUCGCAGUGCUUCUCGGAGCUGAAGAAGAUUAUGCUCAGCAGGAAAUGAAACUAGUGCUUGACCUGGAAACCCUGUUGGCGAAUGUGAGUCUGUCCGUGCUUUCCCCCGCUCAUUAUUGCCACUCCCGAUAG